CAAAGUACCAGUUUUCAAUAAGUGACGACGCGAGAUAUCGCGGUCAGUUGUUUACGAGCAGAAAUCUAGCUUUUAAAAUACAAUUUUCAUCUAAAAGUUGACUUGUGUAAGCAAUCUGAUCGGAGGAGUCAAGUGACCGCCCAGAGCCACAAUGACCACCCUGCACGCCGUGGACAUGGGCGCCCAGACCCAAGUCGUCACCCACCACCAGCCCCAACAACAGCAGCAGCAAACCAUCACCUACCAGACGGUGCAUGCCCAGCCCCAGCAAGGCGGUAAUGUCAUGAGUAACUACAGCGGGGCCACGGCACGCCAGACCGGCUACGCGCAGGUGACGUGUGGAGUUCUGGCGGUUGCCAUCGGAAUCGCGGCCAUCGUGUUGGAGUGCAGACUGUCGUAUGUGUCUAGUCCCAUCUGGAGUGGAAUCGGGUUCUUCGUUGUGGCCGGUAUUCUCGGCAUCGCAUCUGCUGCCAACCAAAACAACUGCGUGAUCGUCGGUCAUCUGGUUAUGUCCAUCCUGGCGUCUCUUGCCGCGUUCCAGAUGAUGAUCAUGCUGAUCAUAGCCGCACUGACAGAGUACAAGAACUGCCGGUACGAAUACAACAUCUAUGGACCCUACCAAAGAAACUGCGACAACUAUUACUAUGGCCGCAUCGCUGUGGACAGCAUUGGCGGUGUGGUCGCGCUGGUGGAGUUCGUCGUGGCCAUCAUUGCGUCUGCCAUCUGCUGCCGUGGUAGCUGUGGCUCUGGAACCAUUGCUAGCCAGCAGACCGUGGUGCACCACUAUGUACCCAACCAGGGCAACGUGACCAUCAUGACCAACCCCCAGCCCUACGGACAGGCCGCGCCUCAACAACAGGGCUACGUCCAGCAGCCACACCCAAUGGCCCCGCCCCAGGGCUACUCCAACCAGGCUUUCAGCCACGGUCCCCAGACCUCCCAGGGUGCCCCGCCCAUCCACGCUCCCCCGCCCUACAACUACGCCGAGGAGAAGGGCAAAGGAAUGCCCAUCGCGGAGGCUUAAAGACAAACGACGUGAACACGUCGAGAACACAACUCAAUCCAGAAAAGGUAGCACGAGUAACCUCUAAACUCGAUUAAAAAAAAAACUCAUAAAAUUAUAUCAACAUUACGAGCCAAUGAUUUUCCUUUUCCGAAUGUCCAGUUUUCCGUUUUAAGAAAUUCUUCAGGCGCGUUUCAAAAAAUUAACAAGGGUUAAAAUAAGUCUUUAAGGUUUCAUCAUGUGUUCACAAUUUGAGAAAAUCUUAAAUCUUGUUGCAAAACGUGAAAAGGGUUAAAAACAGUAUUUAAACUUUCAUCAUGUGUUUUUCAGUAACUAAACAAAAAUAUUUUGUCACUAGAUUUUGCUUCAAAAGUGAAAUGCAUAUUUCUGCUAAGAAUUUGACCAAUUCGUACUAAAACUGUUCAAUGUUAUGUUUUGAACUCUACUGUGCAAAUGCACUCUAAACUUUGUGCACAAAAAUUCCUUCAUCGGUCAAAAUGAAGAAAACGCACCAAUAGUGAAGGACCAUUUCGCUGGUACUCAUUCAUUAUUUACAAGGUGAACAGUGGUUAGGAACCAGUGAAGUGUCCUUCACGCAACUUGUUAGCUGGUGCAA